UUUAGAUCAUCAGAUCUCUUGAGCAGGGACUGUGCACCACAGCAGAGGGCUUUCCUGCUCAGUUGCAGCCUCUCGGCACCCCUGCCAGACAUAUGACUAAUUAGUUGAGCAGCUCUGCAGAGCAGUCUCCUUGCAUGGUUCAAGCCGAAAUGCAAGAGUAAAAAGCCCAGUGUCAAUAAUGAAGAAUCAGAGGACCAUACGCCUGAAAGGGACCAGAAAUCAUGAAGGAAGACUUUUUUAAAGCAAAAUUCUUUGUGACCAUGUCUGACAGUCUCUUUAAGAGGCAUCCUGUGAUCUUACAGCCUGCUUCUGGAAUCCUCUCACCUCAUCCUAGCUUAUGAUACAGCUUUAAUGGUAAGGAAGGGCACAGGCUUGUGCUUAGGUUUACAGCUUUAGUUCUGAAUGAGAGAAUAAAGUAAACUGAUAUUGAGAGCAAGGAGGGAAGAACAAACACAGUCAGUAAGCCUAUAAAAGUCUUAACCAAUUGCAAUGGCGAACAUCCUGCUGGCGAUGGUGACCUUGAAUGAACUAAGUGGGAUAAAGUCACCAGCCUGGACUGACGGCUGAAGAACCAGGCUGGAUUCCAGCAGACGAAGUGAGAGCACGUUCCUGACAAGAGUCUCCUGUGCUCCGGCAAUGGCUUCUUGGUGUCAGAAAUGUGGACAACAGGUGCCCAGGAAUCCACCCUUCACUGGUGUCCGAAUAACAGAAGGAGAAAUGAAAUCUUACCAUGAUUUUAUAGGAACGUGUAUUAAGCUGGAGCGCAUGGCAAAGAAAGAUGAAAUCAUGCAGCAGGAGAUACGGCCGCUGGUUGCAGUGGAUAUAAUAGAGCAGCUCCACAGGCAAUUUGCCAUCUUAUCAGGAGGAAGAGGGAAGGAUGGGGCGCCCAUUAUAACCUUCCCGGAAUACACAGGAUUCAGCGACAUACCUGAUGAGGAUUUUCUGAACGUGGUCACAUAUCUAACCAGCAUUCCCAGUCUUGAGGCUGCCAGCAUCGGAUUCAUCAUCAUCAUAGACAGACGACGGGACAAAUGGAGUGCAGUCAAGGCAUCCCUGACACGAAUAGCAGGAGCGUUUCCAGGAAACCUGCAGUUGGUGUUUGUCCUGCGGCCCUCCCGCUUUAUCCAAAGGACAAUCGCUGACAUCGGCAUUAAACUCUAUCGGGAUGACUUUAAAAUGAAGGUACCGAUCAUCAUGUUAAAUUCUGUCUCCGAUCUACAUGGUUAUAUCGACAAAAGUCAGCUGACCCGGGAGCUGGGAGGAACCCUGGAGUAUGGCCACAGUCAGUGGAUACAUCACCGAACUGCUAUUGAAAACUUUGCAAUGACAGUAAAAACAACAGCACAGAUGCUACAGACCUUUGGAACAGACCUAGCAGAGACUGAACUUCCCAACGAUGUGCAGUGCACGGAGGAACUCCUCUCUGCCCAUGCUGACCACCACAGCAAGCUGAAGGAUGAGCUGAAACUAGCUGUGAAGCAGGGGGCCACCCUACUGACAUGCAUUAGGGAGCCAGUCACCCGAAGCGCCAACAGCAAACUCAGUCCAGAUGAACUGGAAAAUGUGGCAACAGUGGAAAGGUUGUUGGCUCAGUUGGAUGAAACAGAAAAGGCUUUUGAUCAAUUUUGGACCAAGCAUCAUCUAAAAUUAGAACAAUGCCUGCAGCUUCGGCACUUUGAACAUGAUUUUAGAGAGGUAAAACUGGCAUUGGAUAAUCUCAUGGAAGCACAAGCAAGUUUUGCUGACAUUGGAGACAGCGUGACUCGAGUGGAGCACUUCUUAAAGGAACAGAAACAACUGGAAGAGAAAGGACAGCAACCUUUGGAGAAGGCCCAGUCUCUAGCUCUCCAUGGAGAACAACUCAUCCAAAACAACCAUUAUGCAGUUGACUCCAUUAGACCAAAGUGCGUUGAACUCAGGCGUAUUUGUGAUGACUUUACCAAUGAAACCAAGAAAAAGUAUGAUAUUCUGGGGAAGUCUCUUGAACUGCAUAAGCAGUUAGAUAAGGCGAGCCAGUGGUGUGAAGCUGGAAUCUACCUCUUAGCUUCCCAAGCUGUGGACAAAUGCCAGUCACAAGAGGGAGCUGAAACUGCACUCGUUGAAAUUGAGAAGUUCCUGAUGACAGCUAAGGAGCACCAGUUGUCUAACCCUAAGGAGUUCUACAAUCAGUUUGACAUGAUCCUCACGCCAGAAAUAAAGGCCAAUGCCCAAAGAAUACUACAGAAACUGGAAGAUGUACAAGAAAUGUUUGACAAGAGGCAAGUGAGUUUGAAGAAGCUGGCAGCCAAACAGACUCGGCCAGUGCAACCUGUUGCCCCACAUCCUGAAUCUUCCCCAAAGCGAGGAUCACCAAAGACCACUAGACCAGCCGGAGUAGCUACCAAUAGGAGGUCCACAGAAAUUUCCUGCCCUCCAAAGUCCAUCUCUGAGGUAGAGUUAUCAAAAAAGAAAAGCGUUAAGAAGACUAAAGGUGGAAUUAAGAUUGAAGUGAUGCAUGAAGCUAGUCAAGGCGGAUCUAGCAGAGUGCUGGUGAUGAGUGAAAGUGAUGAGAACCUGUCAACAAGGAGGAGCCACAUAAUCAAUGAGCUGAUAGAAACAGAACGGGUUUAUGUAGAAGAACUUCAGAGUAUAAUAGAGGGGUAUGCUUCAGAAAUGGAUAAUCCCAGCUUAGCGCAUCUGAUUCCGUCUGCACUUCAGAACAAAAAGGAAGUCCUUUUUGGGAACCUCCCAGAGAUCUACGAAUUCCACAACAGGAUUUUCCUUAAGGAGAUAGAAAAUUGCAUUGAAAAUCCCGAGCUUCUUGCCCGAUGCUUUUUGAAAAGAAAAGAGGACCUCCAAAUAUAUGAAAAAUACUGUCAAAACAAACCAAGGUCUGAAGCUCUGUGGAGACAAUGUGGAGACAGCAUCUUUUUUCAGGAAUGUCAGCGUAAAUUGGAUCAUAAGCUCUCACUAGAUGCUUAUCUUUUAAAGCCCGUCCAGAGAAUCACCAAGUACCAGUUGCUAUUAAAGGAAAUGCUGAAAUGUAGCAAGAACUCAGAAGGUACCGCUGAACUGGAAGAGGCCCUGGCCACAGUGCUCGAUAUCAUCAAAUCAGUUAAUGACUCCAUGCACCAGAUUGCAAUCACAGGAUAUGAGGGGGAUGUCAGUGAGCUUGGUAAGCUUUUGAUGCAAGGUUCCUUCAACGUGUGGACCGACCACAAGAAAGGGCACAACAAGGUGAAGGACUUGGCUAGAUUCAAACCAAUGCAGAGACACCUCUUUCUCUACACAAAGAUGCUGCUUUUCUGCAAGAAACGGGAGGAGAACACAGAUGGCCAUGAGAAGACAGCUUCAUACAGCUUUAAAAAUUCUUUAAAGAUGAGCACUGUGGGCAUUACAGAAAAUGUAAAAGGGGAUAACAAGAAAUUUGAGAUCUGGUAUAACGGCAGAGAAGAAGUCUAUAUCAUUCAGGCAUCUUCUGUUGAGCUGAAAAACACAUGGAUUUCUGAGAUUCGCAAAGUCCUGACGGGACAACUGGAAGCAUGUAGAGAAGCAAGCCAACUACACCAAAGAAUCACCGAGAGUGUAUACCACGCACCAAUGAAUUCCUCCAAUGUCACCAGGUAUAGCAGGAAGUCAUCAAGUGUAUAUGAAAAUAAAUCUGAGACAUCCAGCGUGGAAGCAUCUAACAAUAAAAACAGGAAUUCCAGUCCAAGCGCCAGGCAGAAGAGAGUUGAUGCUUCCACCAGCCUUAACCUUGAGCGCACAGCGCUUGCUAGAAAGCGAUUCACAUUGCAAGGUCUUUCCAACCGCAGAGCUCCUCCCAAAGAUCCAGAAUCUAAGGAAAGAGAAGUUACCCGUCGCUUUUCCCUAGCCUCCUCCAUCAGCACCACAGUUAAUGCAUCUGCUGUGACCAAAGGUCCCCUUGUUCCUGCAGUUAAAGUCAAGAGACAUGAAAUAAAGAGUGACCCAACUCCCCUGGGGUUUGAAGAUGCUUUUGAGAACACCAUAUUGGCCCAGACUAAAUGUAGUACCGGUUCCACCACAAGACCAGUACCUAGAUCUGCUUCACAGACAGGUUGGCCCAGCAGGCAGAUGCCCUCUCUAGACACAUUUGAAGAUUUCGAAGCCAUCCCCUCCAGCACAGAUGAACUCUCCAACUCUUCUGACUUGGAGGAAGAGACCAACCCUAACAAUGGGACCAAUCUUUUCCGGGUAGAAGGCAGUUUUGACAGCUGUUUCCCAGAUUCUCUUACCCUGGAGGAUGGAGAUUUAGUGCAGUUUGUGCAGGAAGGAGAAAAUGGACAAUGGUUAGUGAAGAAACUGGUUUCUGAGAAAAGUGACUGGGUUCCUUCAAGUAUACUGCAGCCAGCAGAGGGGGACAGUCACAACAUAAUUAAGAACAGCAAUGCAGAUAUGUACAAUGACUCCUGCAGCAUGGCCUCAGUAGAGUCAGAAACCAAGGAGAGCGAGGUGACCAGAAGCUUACCAGCAGAACAGAGGGCUGGAAGCUGAACUGCAGGAUCAUCCUUCCUCAGGACUCCAUCCAUCUCUUUAUUUUGGGUGGACACUGGAUCAAAGUUGCCUUUCUCACAAGCUCUGAGCUUCACAAUUCACUAAAACUUCAUCAGCAUGUGGUGUCCAGCUGGCAAGCUGGGAAAAAUAAACUUGAAAGGAGCAUCAAACAUCCAGACAGCAUCAAAAACCACCUUCAGUAUUAGAGGGAAAAUGCUUCUUGCAUUGUUUAUCAAACUGUUUCAGAAGAUGUGGCCUAAAUUAGGUCAACAGUAGAGCUGAAGAGUUACUAUGCACGCACCUUUUGGCAACUUUGCUUAAACACCAAGCUACUGCAGAGGGACACAUGCAUGGUUACGAGUUCUUGCUCUACCAUGGGUUCGCCCGGAGGUUUUUCCAUUCGCUUGCCUCUGUGGCUGUGCCUUCCCCGCCCUCCUUAAUUCCAGUGGAUACAUCACAAAUGUGCCCUUCUUGCUGAUGGUCAACACCAAAAACGUCACAUCUUAGGGUGGCUGUGGAAAGAAAACUUCUGACUUGGACCAUCAGAGAGGCUUCACGCAGCAAUGACUUGACUACUUGUGAAAUGGCACGGUGAAAAACCUGUUGCAUACAGCAUUAUUUUGGGAUGAUGCAGGUGGCAACUCCUGCCUAUGAGGUGGAGGUGCAGGGCUUAGCAGGGAAGCAGAGACGUGUGACAGCUACUGUGACAAAGAACAUUUUGAACUCUUUUUACAAUAUAAGUCAUUCCUCCGCCCCCUCUGCAGUCUGUGGUUGCCGGAUCACAUUCCUUCGCAUUUGGUGCCGAGAAUUCAAUUGAAUGCCAUUUAAUGUCAUAUGUUUGAGUAGACUGCAUGCUUUCACUGUGUGCUGGCUGUGGAGUAGGUACAUUUCAUCUCCCUUAAGGAAUAUACUUAAGCAUUGCAAAUAGGCAGUGAGCAUUAGAUGCUCCAGUGAGUGGAUAAAGUGUUAUUGUUAAAUACUUCUUUUCAGGACAUUUGAUUAAAGGACUGUACCAAAUCUCUGCCACAUAAGGAUGUAAUGUACAACAUAAAGUGGUUACAGAUGUUAUUAUUCCUAUACAAGCCAUUAGCUCAUUUAGAGCAGCUCUGAAGGCAUGAAAGCAUUUUUAUGGUAAGUGGGUUUUAGGUCCCACAAAAGCUGCUAGUACUUUAGCAAAGAUAAAUAUUGACCAAGGGUUGCAGGCAGGCAAAGAUCAGCCAGGAGCCUAGAAAUUCGAGAGUCAGUGGUUAGUUUUCCCUAUUAGAGACCUUUUGUUUAACCCUGAGUCUAGUGAUGCUAUGUGUAAAUAAUAAACGUGACAAAAGCACUAAAAAUGGAGAUGAAGAAAAACCAAAAAGCACUCUUUAGUAGUUGAGCCUCUGAGCAAAAUAGUAGGAGUCUGUAACAUUUCUGUUAUCCUCUUUGCAGGGACCUGAAUAUUUUUCUUUGUGUCUCAGUGAAGCCUGGUAUUGCAAUUAUCUUCGUGUGUGAGUCAGGAAAGCUGUGAAGCAGGUAAAUAGUCCUAUUCAAGAAAAAGCCUUGGAGUAGGUAGAUAAAGGCUUAUUCAGAUCUUGUUUGCCUUUGGCAGCUUAUUGGUUAAUUAUGAGUUGCACUUUGGUGGGGCUAGAAUGGUUAAUUCCCAUGAGUACGGUUCUUCUAACCCUCAAAUAAUAUCUAAUCCCCAUGGUUUCUGAUGCUUUCUGUUCAUGACUAAAGGAUCUGAGAGUCCUGCACCUUUUUGGAAGCUAAUCUUGUCUUACAGAGAGAAGAGCUUGUCCAUUUUGUGCUUGUCAUUUACCUUAAAAUGACACACAGGCUCUCAGGAACAUGACUCCUGUUAAAGGUUCCUGAAGUUAUGAGAGCACCUCAAGGGAAGAAUUGAUUCCUUUCAGUCCCCCAAGGAAAUGUGCAGUCACACUUUCUUAUAGUGCAGUCAUUUUAUCCUCUUCGUAAAAUGACUUCAUUUUCAUUGCUAUAUUGCUUUCAGGAAUUUUUGCACGGCCUCAUAACAGUGCUCCUGUCCACCCCUGCCCUAAGCACAGGAGAGAAAAGGGGCAGGGAGCUUUGAUUGCACACUAAUAUAUGUAGUAAGCUUGUGUGUGUGCGUGUGUGUGUGCAUGUGUGUGUGAGCGAUGGAAAAAGGUUACCCAGUAUAUAUGAAACUGCCAAAACUAGCAUUUGUCACAUUGCUGACUUACGGAAAGACCCAAACCUGCACUUUGGAGUUUCUCUGCAGGAAUCUCAUUCUAAUGAUGAGGUGGCAAUGCAAGCCUUUGUUUGAACUCAAGAGGGGAAAUCAGGUAUGGUGAGUCCUCUUUCUACCUCUGCUGCGUGCAGGGUGACAGCGGGUGAGCCCUUUGCCUGCUGGUGCCUCAAUAUCCUCCUGUAAAAUGGGAACAGUAUUGGAUUUUGCUUGUGCCCAUUUCUGAUAGUAAAUGCUAGCACAUAUGCAAAGACUUGGGGACCCCUCUGGGGGCAGCAAAGCAUUCACCCCCUCUGUGCCCUCAGGGAGCGUUAGUGGUGGCAUCCUGUGGGGUGGUCUGGAGAUGGACUGGGGAAGGGGAUUGCUGCAGCAGUGUCUCCUCUCCCCCAGUCCACCAACCCAUCAUGAUAAAUGCAAAGGUAUGGGCUGGAUUAUAACUAAUUCUCCUCCCUGCUUUGGUUUUGAAAACAGUAUCUGAAUAUUUUUUGCAAAUUCUCAUGUUUCAUCCUGGUAGACCAAAGCUUGAGGCACACCUGCACCAUGAAUGUACUGAGGAUGGCUAGUAACUCACUUCCCCGUAGCUAUGGGUAGAAGAGACACAGCACUCAGGUUUCAGCUGGCUUUGGGAGCUGGUAGUUUCACAGCUGUCCGCAGACACUGCUGAACCUGAGCAGGGAGUGCUCAUCUACUAGUCAUGUCUUUGACCUUCCUACAAUAUCAGAGAGCCCAAGGCAGCUGCCUGUUUCUGUCUCCAUUUUACAAGCUCAUACCCUAAAGCAACAAUUUCAGCUGUUGCUGGAGAAUAACUGGGGCCCUUUGCCUGGUUGAUUUAUGUUGCGCAAAUGGAAAUGAGGCGGUUUGACUUUGUUGGGUUUGCUUUUUUAAAGACUGGGGUUAAUGAAAGAUCAGGCUGCUAACAAGUCCAAGAGCACCCAACAAGAACCAACUUUCUGGCUUUGUUGACAAGACAAAAUGGGGCUUGAUGACUUUUUUUAUAGUAGGCAGGGUAGUCUUUUAAUUGGUUUGUCUCUGACAAGCAAGGUGGUAAUUAAGGGAAUCGCCCUCCAUGUAAAGUCUAGAAUAUGAUUUGGUUAAUGUCCAGCAAGACUAUCAUGUACAUUAAGGUAUGGUUAUUCUGUAUCUAGAUCUUUGACACCAUCAUUUUCAGGUAGAUGGAUCAAAAAUUGUAGUGACUAAGUAUGGAUUUCAUUACAGUGUUCUUUGGAGAGGAUGUAAUGACCAGAAAGGUGUUUAAAAGUAAUGGUUGCCAAUAAGUUUCAGCUGUAGACAGGACAAAGUCUAAGGUACAAGGCCUAAAGCACACCUAUGCUGUAGCAGCACACAUGGGUCAGCAUUGCACUCUUGCUGUUGGUCCAUGUCUGCUGCUCUCUCUGGAUCCGGACUGGCUGGACCUGCCCUCCAGGGGAAGGUUUUGACUUGGAUCUCCUUCCUCCCUCUCGGCUGCCAGCUUCUGUGAAACGUGCAGAAACUUCACAUCCUCGAAACUGCCCUCUGUCCGGUUUGGUGUAGUUGGCCAACAGACUCCUUCAUUAUCGGAGGUAAUAUCAAAUGCAGUCACCAUGAUACCUAACCCUUGCUAUUUCGUAAACCAUGCCAAAAUGUAAUCAGGCCCGAUCCCCUCCUACUUUCACAGUCUAACCCCACUGAGUGGAGAACCAGACCAAUGGUCUUUGCCUCUGUCAUGAAUGGCUGCGGCCAAGGCAUGUCUGAACACCGGCUUUUCUUGCCAGUGACAACAACACUGUGUGUGUCUUAUUCUGGUUGUGUAUGUGAUGAAAAGCCAUUUUAUUAUCCAUCCUUUUCUUAGACUCUGAGAUUUCAAACAGGAUUGGAUGUGAGAAAGGUCAUGUGCUUCCUUUCCAAAAAUGCUCAAAGCCUGAUCUGCUAUUAAAUAUAUCAUUAGAAAUAUUCAAGAAUAAGGAAAAAAAAAAAAGCCAAAUUGUGUAUACCUUCUUGCAGCCAGAGCUGAAAUAGCUGCUAAGAUUUUUUCUGCCCAACGGAGAAUUGGUACAGUUUGUUAUUCUUGCAUAUUUUCCAUGGUGUUGAUGAUGAUGUAUUUGUAUAUUGUGACUGAUGAGAGAUAAUCAGACAGGGAAAAAGCACAGAAUUCUCGUGGGGAAUUACCUGUCCUUUUUUUCCAGUCAAGACAGAAUGUAUAAAUUUAUUACAAGAAAAAAAGUGUGAAAAUGAACUUUCUGUAAUUAGGCCAUUCUGAACUAUGUAGAACCACACUUUGUUUGAAAUUUAUAAAAAUUAUAAAUAGUAAAAAAACA